AUGUUUUCAAGGGUUUCAGUCCCCAUAUUGGGACUUCUUCUGCUCUUAUGUGCAUCAGCAUUGGCAGCAGAUUCAAAGUUGAACACACUAUACAAGGAUCUGAACCAGCCGAUGAAUACUCGUAUAAAGGUUCUCAUGGACCAAAUGACCCUCGAAGAGAAAAUCACUCAGAUGGCACAGAUUGAUCGAUGUGCUGCCACAGCCGAGAUCAUGAGACAUUACUCCAUCGGCAGCCUCUUAAGCGGUGGCGGAAGCGUUCCACAUGAACAAGCGAAGGCUGAGGAGUGGGUCGAUAUGGUGAAUGGCUUUAUGGGAUUGAAGCUGUUCAUGGUAUGCAGAGAUCCAGAAUGGGGAAGGUGUUACGAGAGUUAUAGUGAAGAUCCUAAAAUCGUUCAAGAAAUGAUAGAAAUCAUUCCUGGUUUACAAGGAGAUAUCCCUGCCAACUCAACAAGGGCGUUCCUUAUGUAG